UAUCUCAAAAAGAUGAAGACCACUGCCCUUCAACUUACCAGUAACCUUAAGCAAUGCUGCCCUUUUUUUAGUAACAUGCGCAUAAAAGUGCUUUAAAUUUUUUUCGAUAACAAAGUGCUUCAAUUGGUCUCCGACUCUAAUCGACUCAUAUUCCAUCAUUCACAGAACCCCCGAAAAUCUCCCAGAUCCAAAAAAAUGGCCAACAAACAAUCACAAGGAGAAGGAGAAAACAUUUCAUCAGCUCAAGCAGUGUUUCUCGGGGCUUUAGCUCCUGGUGUAAACGGUCCAACAUGGACAACUCUGAGGCUAGCUUUUGUGAUGCUGGGUGUUUGCCUUUCUGUGAUGCUGGGCUUGGCUUUCUCCUCUAGUGACUCUUGGUUGGUUCUUCAUGUUGCAUUCUUGGUCUUCAUCACUAUGACUCUCUUCCUGCUUCUUAGCUGGUUUCUUUCACAGACUGGUUUGGUCUCUGUGGAACAUCAAAUCCGUAAGAUAGGCUUAGCACCAGAUGAUCAAGAUCCAAGCAGAAAAAACACCUUGAAGAUCGAAGAAAAAUCCAUGUAAAAAGUCAUCUUAUUGAUCAUUUAAGACUACUACAUUUGUGAUACACACUUGCACAGGCAUGGAAAGACAAGAUUGUUUAAACACUUAGCAGAUGGCAGUUGUUCUUCCAACGUUCUAUGAGCACUAUUGGCGGGAGAAUCACAUCUUUCAGCCACGCUUUGCUUCUUUCUCCUUGUGUUUGCUCCUUUGGGUUUGAUGAAGUGGAAGCACGAGCAGCAUGGGAACUGAACAAGAACUUCAUCUCCUUGAUUAUUCGGAUGAUCAUAUACAUUGUGUGGAGAUUAUUGAUUUAGUGCUCCAUCCACUUUUGGCUUCCUUUUGAUAAAAAGAUGCCUAGCUUACCUAUCACUGUCACUUGGAUGCUUCUAUUAAUUUGAUAUAUUGCUCCUUCCAA